AUCGACCAGAUCUGCCAAUUGACGACCGCAGCGGCCAGGGUUUCUGAGCUUUUACCUUCCCUUCCUAUCGUUCAAUUCCUUUGUCGACAUCAUGGGUGGCCAUCUCGACCCAAAGCAUGGAGUGUUCCUCGGUGGAUGGGGUAACUUCGGUAUGUUCUGCUUCCCUCCACGUUCCGUACAUCAGCCGUAUCCCGCUUUCACAAGCCCCGGGACGGCGCCAUGCGAUUUCACACGAUACCGGCCUAUUGCGCUAUCCGAUACCCAGGCAACUAACUAGUUUGUCGAACAUCAGGUGUUCCUACCCCAAUGAAGGGCAUCACUACCUACUCUCUUUCUCAGAACCGUCAGCGGCCCGCCGCUGGUAUGCUCUACAAUGCCUUCUUCAACACCUACAGACGAGCCAAGGCACAGGUCCUCUACGUUCUGCCCCCAUUCAUUGCUGCCUACGCUCUCAUGGACUGGGCCACCAAGAAGAACGAGUAUCUCAUGUCCAAGCCUGGUCGUCUUGCCCACGGUGGUGAUGAUGAGUAAAUUUACGAAGAGUACCAAUUAGAGGAAGACUCAAAAUUACGGAUUGGUGAUUGCGCUGUAUAGUACUUAGAAAGCAAUUGAUAUCUUUAUACACUUGGUCCUUAUUUCUCUUCUAUUCAGUAGCCUCUCAUGUUCCCUUAUAAUGAAACAUCGGUCAACUUGACAUAGAAAAGUCAAUGAAGAAAAGAGGGAAAAAAAAAGAAACAGAAUGACCAAACUGAGGCUCGAUCUCAGGACCUUGUCGGUGUUAACGACACGUGAUAACCAACUACACCAUUCGGCCGUUUCGUUGUUGAAGGCAAAGGCCCUGAACCGCCUUUUUGGGCCGCAAAUACGGGGAUUUCCGCUUCUGGCUUAGCGUAGACAGUUUUUGAGUUUUCGAGACAAGCAGCUUUUUUUUU